AUCUCAUCAUCUAUAUCUGCUCUCACUCUUUGUUCCAUCUCACAGUCAUCAACUUCUCUCAGUUCAAACCCAACACCUCACAGUCAUUUUCUGCUUUGUUACUCUCGAAUCAAAACUACACAGAGUUGAUGGUCUAUCUACUAACUCCCACGUGUCAUUCUUUUCAAUCAUGAACAACUCAUCCUACAUUGGGGCUUUCAACCAGGAUUCAUCUUGGGCUACCUUUGCAUAUUUCUCUGGCUCAACAAUGCACAGAUUAGAUUGAGCAAGGACAUCAUCUAGUUUUCUCCACUUCAAAGCAUCAUAGUCCGAAGUCCCAGCCAAUAAUGGAAGAAGACGACGGCAGCCGCAAAUAUCCUGAUAAUAAAAUCAUCAAAUCCGAUAGUGCUUAUGCUGGGAUCUUCGCCUCUCGCACAUCUGAUGUCCACUACCGAGGUUCCAGUGGAGGAACGAAAAUGGAAGGUGACGGUCACAACUUGGGCAACAUCGAGUACAAUAUUAGUGAUAAUACAAUUACCGCACUCAAGGGAGAGUCAGAUGUUGGGAUGUUCAGCUUUCACAACAUAGGUUUCUGCUGGAGCAAUGCCAGCCAAGGUCAAGCUGGACGUGAAGGAAACAAGGUCUUCCUCAAACCCAAAGGUAUUUGUCACAACAUUUGUCAUAAUAACAUCAGUGCAGAUAGAUCCACAAAAGUUGGGUUAGAAAACUUUGGCAACAUCCAAUAUCACUCUGCAGAUGGCAAAACAAAAGGUGGCUCGAGCUCCGCCCAAGGCCAAGGUGGCGGUGGAGGAACCAAACCCAAAGGUGAUGAUUACGACAUUCGUGGCAAUAAUAUUAAAGGAGAUGGAGAUGGGAAAGCGUUUCACAAGUUCGGCAACAUCGAAUACAACUUGAAGACAACUAAUACAGAAGAUGACGGCAGCACCAGCCAAGCCAAUAUACGCAGAAAUACAAUUACAGCAAGCAAUGGAGCCUCAUAUGUUGGGAUGUUCAACUUUCACAACGUAGAUGUCUGGAGCAAUGCCGGCCAAGGCCAAGGUGGCCGUCAAGGAAACAAGGGCUUCCCCAAACUCAAAGGUAUCAGGCACAACAUUUGUCAUAAUAACAUUAGUGCAGAUAGAUCUACAAAUGUUGGGUUACAAAACUUUGGGAAUAUCAGAUACAACUGCAAGACUACUAGUAUAUGUGGACGGUUGGGUUUAGGCUUUUGGUGUAUAUUCCAGAAUUUCUUUGGCCCUAUGUGGUUAUGAAUGGAGGUAUAUCGUAAGAGUUUGAUGUUACUUGUAGAACUCCUCUAUAUUAAUUUGUAUUAACAUUCUAUGAUUAUGGUUAGCAGUAAGGUAGACAUGA